AUGUUUCGUUGUGUCUCAUUUUCACUUGCAUGCGCCGUGCAGUCUUCUCAUACUUCAAUACUGACAACUUCUCUUGUUUUAAACCUGAUCGAUACUUACGAAAAUGAACACAAAAUGCUGAAAACUUAUAACAUUGCCAUGGUGACAGAUUUUUUCUACCCCCAACCGGGUGGUGUAGAGUUUCAUGUGUACCAUCUUUCACAAAAGCUAAUAAACUUGGGCCAUUCUGUCAUUAUCAUUACACAUGAUUAUGGUAAUCGCUCGGGCAUCCGCAUGUUAACGAACGGCAUUAGAGUAUACUACGCCCCACUUCUUCAAAUAUAUCGCAGCUCAACAGUCCCAUCAGCAUUCUUGGCUUUCCCUGUUCUUCGAAGCAUAUUCAUUCGUGAGAAAAUUGACAUUGUUCAUGGACAUGGUUCCCUUUCUAGUUUGGGUGCAGAGGCUAUUUUUCAUGGCAGAACCAUGGGCUUGAAAGCGGUCUUUACAGAUCAUUCUCUUUUUGGUUUUGCAAGUCUUAGCUCAAUCUUGGGUAACAAGCUUCUCAAGUUCACGUUGAGUGAUAUCAGUCAUGUUAUCUGUGUCUCUCACACCUGUAAGGAGAACACUGUGCUUCGCGCAUCAUUAGACCCGUUGAAUGUCUCCGUUAUACCAAAUGCUGUCGUGUCAAAAGAUUUUGCUCCAGAUCCAAACAAGCCUAAAAACAAGUCUCGCAUCACAAUAGUAGUUAUAUCUCGACUAUUUCCCAAUAAAGGUGCCGACCUUUUAACAGCGAUUGUGCCAAUCAUUUGUUCCAAGCGGCCGAAUGUGGAUUUCCUUAUCGCUGGAGAUGGCCCUAAGUUCUUAGACUUGGAGCAAAUGAGAGAGAAGUAUUCUUUGCAAGAACGAGUUUCGUUGAGUGGUGCGGUUCGACACGAAGAAGUCAGAGAUGUUAUGGUUAAAGGUGAUAUUUAUUUGCAUCCAUCUCUUACUGAGGCAUUCGGAACGGUCAUAGUUGAAGCUGCAUCUUGUGGACUUUUCGUCGUGACUACCAAAGUGGGGGGAAUACCAGAAGUUCUUCCUCAGCAUAUGACAAGGUUCGCAGAACCAGAAGAGGAUUCUUUGGUAGAAGCGACCUUGAGUGCAAUUGAUCUAAUAAGCUCUGGAAAGAUAGACACUUCCCAGUUCCAUGAGGAAGUGGCUAGUAUGUACAGCUGGGAGAAUAUCGCCAAGAGAACGGAAAAUGUUUACAGAUCACUUGACAGUCGUCAAAUUAAUCAACCCUUGGUGAAGAGAUUACGAAAAUACUAUUGCUGUGGCCCGGUUGCUGGAAAACUAUACAUACUCUGUGUGAUCCUUGAUAUUUACAUUUAUAUGCUUUUGGAGUUCUUCUAUCCAGCGAAAAACAUCGAUCUUGCCUGCAAAUGGCCCAAGAAGCCCAAAAAUCAUGGUAUCGGAAUAUAG